AAUCCGCUUGUUCAGACAGCUCUUCUUUAGCUUCGAAUUUUCUCGAUUUCGUCAUCGUCUCCUCUCUUUCUCUCGCUGGUCUUCUCGCGGAGGCGUAUCGAGCUCUAAAGAUGUCAGGCAAAUACAUCAUUGGAGGUUUGGCUGGUAGCUUUGCGAUUGCAUAUUUCUGCGAUGUUCUAAUUGCCGAGAAAAAGAUAUUCGGAGGCACCACUCCGCAUACAGUUUCUGACAAAGAAUGGUGGGAAGCCACUGACAAGAAAUUCCAGGCAUGGCCUCGCACCGCUGGACCACCAGUCGUUAUGAACCCCAUAAGCCGCCAGAAUUUCAUCGUCAAGCAAUCUGAAUCAUAAGUUGAAGGCGGCUAUGUGCAAAUCCAUCCACUGUAUGACAGUUCAGUACUUUGUUCUAUUUCACUAAAUGGUUUUCAGGCUUUCUGGUUUGAUACCUUUGAACGUAUUAUCAACUUUUUUCCCUUAAAUCUUGCAUGCGUUGGCCUUGAGAUUGCAUUUAAAUAAACCAAUUGAACAAUGAGUUAUGUCUUUUUAUGCGAGAUAUCGGUUGUUUGUACCGUGAAGUUUUAUAUUAUGCCCAUAGUGUUGGAUGCUUGUAAAUUC